AUGUCUAAUCACUCCGUUAUUCGUAUUGCAAAGGAGUUGGGAGAUAUUCAAAGGGGUUCAGAUUUAUCUCUAGCAGUUGCCUGUCAAGAUAUUGAUGUUCGAAGCGUUAGAGCAAUUAUAAUCGGUCCACCAGAUACUCCUUACGAAUUUGGUUUCUUCGAUUUUUCGGUUAGGUUUGGUAAAGAUUAUCCUGGAAAGGCACCUAGUGUUAUUGCGACCACCACAAACGGAGGAAGAUGUCGAUUCAACCCAAACAUAUACGCGCAAGGCAAAGUCUGCUUAUCGAUCUUAGGUACAUGGCGAGGUGAAAGAGGGGAAGAGUGGUCAUCGGCGCAAGGAUUGGAGUCGAUUUUGAUUUCAAUACAAAGCUUGAUGUCGAGCAAUCCAUACGAAAAUGAACCUGGUUUCGAAACUGCAAAUGAUGAAAGCGACAAGGAAAAUCAAAAGGACUAUGUUGCAAAGAUUCGGCAUGAAACUCUCCGGAUUUCAGUCAUUCAACGUCUCGAAGAAUAUCUGAACAUUACCGCAGCAGGAAAAGUCAUACCAUACACACCAAGUGAUGAUGAUGAUACUAGUGACAACGAAUUGGAUCGAGAGCUACUUGACGAAGAUUCAGUCGCGUUUGAACCUUUCAAGGAUCUAUGUAAACGCAGAUUUUUGUGGUAUUACGAUUCGUAUAUGUUGGCCAUUUCAAAAGCCAAAAAGGAGGUUCGUGAUGGUCAAGCUUUUACUCGGAUGCCUUUUGAGGGUGGUGGAAAUACCAUGGAAGGAAAGUUUAACUACACCGAACUCGAGAAACGGUUGAAAUUUAUUCGUACCACCUUGGAUGCCGAAACUGCUCAUUGGGCCACUGAAGGAUUGCUUUUACAGAAGAAGGAAAGUAGUGUAGCAGCAAAUCUUCAAAGCCAAUUCGAGCAAGUGGUUGAAUCAUACAAAAGGAAUAAAACUGUAACACUGGACGUUGAAUUGGAAAACAAGAACCCUUUCGUCUGGAUUAUCACCUAUUUCGGUCGUCCCAUGACCAAUCUAGAUGGGGGAUUAUUUCGAAUUAAACUUCAUAUCAGCCCAAGAUUCCCAGAAGAACAACUAAGAGCGAAAUUCGAAACUUCCCUAUUCCAUCAUCGCAUUGGAGUUGAUGGAACACCUUGCUAUACUCCCAAGCGCUCUGAUGAUGUCAAAUCCCAUAUCGAAUCAAUUAUUGAAGCUCUAGAGGAGGUAUCACCAGCAUAUGAUCCGAGAACAUUGGUGAACCUGGAAGCAGCCAAAUUGUUAUGGGGGUCUACGGAUGAUAAGAAAACCUAUAAUCGAAAACUUCGGAGGUCUGUUCAACGUAGCAUGGAGUGA